AUGUCGCGCUCCUUCUAUGUGGACUCGCUCAUCAUCAAGGACUCGGCGCGGCCCGCGCCCUCGCUGCCGGAGCCGCACCCCGGGCCGGAUUUCUUCCUCCCGCUGGGCAUGCAGUCCCCGCUGGUGAUGUCGGUGCCCGGGCCCGGCUGUCCGUCCCGCAAGAGCGGCGCUUUCUGUGUGUGCCCGCUCUGCGUCACCUCGCACCUGCACUCGUCGCGAGGGCCCGCGGGCGCCGGCGGCGGCGGCGGCGGGGGCCCGGGGGCCGGGGGCGGCGGGGCGGCAGGGGCCGCGGCGGCCCUGCCCCUGCUCAAGGGCCAGUUCCCUUCGGGCCCCGGGGAUUCGCAGUUUUGCCCGCGGGUGAGCCACGGGCACCAUCACCACCACCAGCCCCAGCAGCCCGGCUCGGCCGCAGCGGCGGCGGCAGCGGCGGCGGCGGCGGCGGCUGCAGCGGCCCUGGGGCACCCACAGCACCAUGCACCUGUCUGCGCCGCCACCAGCUACAACGUGGCGGACCCGAGGAGAUUCCACUGCCUCGCCAUGGGCGGCUCCGACGCCAGCCAGGUGCCCAACGGCAAGCGGAUGAGGACGGCGUUCACCAGCACGCAGCUCCUGGAGCUGGAGCGGGAGUUCUCGUCCAACAUGUACCUGUCCCGACUGCGGAGGAUCGAAAUCGCCACCUACCUGAACCUGUCCGAGAAGCAGGUGAAAAUCUGGUUUCAGAACCGCCGCGUGAAACACAAGAAGGAGGGGAAGGGCACGCAGAGGAACGGUCACGCGGGCUGCAAGUGCGUCAGUAGCCAGGGGCUCUAUGCGCGCUCCGAGGGGGAGGACUCCUUGUCGCCAGCCUCUGCCAGCGAGGACAAGGACAUCUCCCCCUUAUGA